GGUUUUGAUGUUGUGGCUACUUCAUCGAUCCAUCUCUCUAAUCACAGUUGUAGAAAUUUGUUCUUGACAUGAAGUUGAAAUUUUGAUUAGGCUCUUUCUCGAUUCGCUUUUGGUGAAUCAAAUUUCUUUAAUUUCAGUGAAUAAGCUUUUGACGGGAGCAUAUACUAAGUCUUGAGCAAACCCUCUUUUUAGUGGGGGAGGUAAUAAGGUGGUUUCUGGUUUGAUCUACAAUGAUGUAUCAAGCCAUUCCCACGGCCGCAACCAUUCGUGGUGGAACUCCAACUGAGAGUGGUGAUUACGUUGUUACUUUGGAUCAGAUUCCACGAUGGAGUGAUGUUGAGCAGAGGUCAUCUUUGGAGGGUGAGACAGGAGAUCCAGCACAUUCGAAUCCACGGUAUGCAAACCCUUUGGCUUCGUCUUCUGAAGCAGGGAGCAGCGGGAAUGGGAUGGUAUCUAAGUUUCCUGUUGAUCACGAGAUAAACUCUAGAAUAUACCUGUGGAGAGGGGAACCUUGGAACCUUGAGGUUGAUGCUGUUGUGAAUUCAACAAAUGAGAACUUGGAUGAGGCACAUAGCAGUCCUGGUCUACAUGUGGCUGCUGGACCUGGCCUUGCAGAGCAAUGUGCUACAUUGGGUGGAUGCAGGACAGGGAUGGCGAAAGUAACGAAUGCCUAUGAUCUACCAGCGAGGCGGGUUAUCCACACAGUAGGACCCAAGUAUGCAGUAAAGUAUCAUACAGCUGCUGAGAAUGCUCUAAGUCACUGCUAUAGAUCUUGUCUGGAGCUUCUCAUAGAUAGUGGCCUUCAAAGUAUCGCUAUGGGCUGUAUAUACACAGAAGCCAAAAACUAUCCCCGAGAACCAGCUGCUCAUGUUGCCAUAAGAACUGUUCGCCGCUUUCUAGAGAAGCAAAAGGAUAAAAUCAGUGCCGUUGUUUUCUGUACCACCACAUCCUCUGAUACGGAGAUAUACAAACGAUUACUUCCACUUUACUUUCCUCGAGAUGAACAUGAGGAAGAGGUUGCCAUCUCAAAGCUCCCAGCUGAUGUUGGAGAUGAAAAUGGUGAGACGGUUAUAGACGAACGUAAAAUCAGAAUACAGGCGCUGCCAAAUAAACCUUCGCCCAGAUCUUUUCCAACUCCACUCGAGCGCCCUUCUACUGAUCUUACUUUGUUACGCAGGAACUCGAAUCAUCUUGAUUCGUAUCUGGAUCCUGCCUUCAUGUCCUUGAUUAAAGAUCCAGAUGAAAGGCGCAAAGAACAAUGGGAGAAGACUGCACAAGCACAAAGUGGAUUCAAUUUUGUUAAAUUGCUAGGAUUUGGUGAUCUAGGAGGACCCCCUCUCUCUGCUGCAGAGGAAUACUCACUUCAUUCGCGAUACCUAGCGAAAGCUAAUUCUCUCAACCUUUCCGAGAUUGCAGAGAUGAAAAUUGUCUACCGUGGUGGUGUUGACACCGAGGGUCAUCCUGUAAUGGUUGUUGUAGGAGCUCACUUUUUGCUGCGUUGUCUUGAUCUGGAGCGUUUUGUGCUUUAUGUUAUAAAGGAAUUUGAACCUGUAAUACAAAAGCCUUACUCGAUUGUCUAUUUUCAUUCUGCAGCAUCUUUACAAGUCCAACCAGAUUUGGGAUGGAUGAAAAGAUUACAACAGAUACUUGGUCGAAAACACCAGCGUAACCUUCAGGCAAUUUAUGUUCUUCAUCCAACUUUCCACUUGAAGGCAACAAUCUUAACGAUGCAAUUUUUCGUCGAUAAUGUGGUAUGGAAGAAAGUUGUAUAUGCAGACCGACUUCUGCAGCUGUUCAAAUAUGUUCCUCGUGAGCAGCUGACAAUCCCAGACUUUGUUUUCCAGCAUGAUCUUGAAGUUAACGGAGGAAAAGGUCUAAUCGUUGAUCCAAGAACAAAAUACCUGAAGAUGACGCAGUACAUGCCAUUGUUUAGAUCAUGUUCAAGCUUACGAUUAGUAAGUCAGCUUCAUGCUCACCUCCUCGUCACCGGCCGUCUCCGUCGUGAUCCUCUUCCUGUGACGAAGCUCAUUGAAUCAUACGCUUUCAUGGGUUCUCCAGAUUCGUCUAGGCUCGUCUUUGAAGCUUUUCCUUACCCUGAUUCCUUCAUGUACGGUGUUCUCAUCAAAUGCAACGUCUGGUGUCAUUUACUCGACGCCGCCAUUGAUCUGUACCAUAGGUUGGUUUCGGAGAAGACCCAGAUCAGUAAGUUUGUGUUUCCGUCUGUUUUGAGGGCUUGUGCGGGUUCGAGGGAGCAUCUGAGUGUUGGUAGGAAAGUCCAUGGGAGGAUUAUUAAGAGUGGUGUAGACGACGACGCUGUGAUAGAGACGUCUCUGUUGUGUAUGUAUGGUCAAACGGGGAAUUUAAGUGAUGCAGAGAAGGUGUUCGAUGGAAUGCCUGUGAGAGAUCUUGUGGCUUGGAGUACUCUUGUUUCUAGCUGUCUCGAGAAUGGUGAGGUGGUGCAAGCAUUGAGGAUGUUUAAGUGUAUGGUGGAUGAUGGUGUUGAGCCCGAUGCUGUGACGAUGAUCAGCGUUGUAGAAGGAUGUGCUGAGCUUGGAUGUUUGAGGAUUGCUAGGUCAGUCCACGGACAGAUAACGAGGAAAAUGUUUGAUUUUGAUGAAACAUUAUGCAAUUCUCUGCUUACAAUGUACAGUAAGUGUGGGGAUUUGCUUAGCUCGGAGAGAAUCUUUAAGAAGCUCGCCAAAAAGAAUGCUGUUUCGUGGACAGCUAUGAUUUCUAGUUACAAUCGUGGCGAGUUCUCUGAAAAGGCAUUGAGAAGUUUCAGUGAGAUGUUAAAAUCUAGAAUUGAGCCGAAUUUGGUUACGCUUUAUAGCAUUUUGAGCUCUUGUGGAUUGAACGGGUUGAUUAGAGAAGGCAAGUCGGUCCAUGGUUUUGCAGUUAGACGAGAGCUGGAUCCAAACUACGAGUCGCUUUCUCCGGCCUUAGUUGAGCUUUAUGCUGAAUGCGGGAGACUCAGUGACUGUGAGACAAUUCUACAUGUGGUUGGUGAUAGAAAUAUUGUGUCAUGGAACUCUCUUAUAUCUUUAUACGCACACAGUGGUAUGGUGAUUGAGGCGUUGUGCUUGUUUAGACAGAUGGUGACAUGGCGAAUAAAACCGGACUCAUUCACUUUGGCAAGCACAAUCUCUGCAUGCGAGAAUACUGGUUUAGUCCGGCUAGGGAAACAGAUUCACGGACAUGUUAUAAGGACGGAUGUUUCAGAUGAGUUUGUGCAGAACUCGUUGAUAGACAUGUACUCUAAAAGCGGAUUUGUGGAUUCAGCAAGCACAGUAUUUGAUCAAAUCAAGCAUAGGAGCGUUGUGACAUGGAACUCAAUGCUCUGCGGAUUUUCUCAGAAUGGUAACUCCUUAGAGGCUAUUAACCUCUUCGACUAUAUGUAUCAUAGCUGCCUUGAGAUUAAUGAGGUUACAUUUUUGGCGGUUAUUCAAGCGUGCUCAAGCAUAGGUUCACUGGAGAAAGGGAGAUGGGUUCAUCACAAGCUCAUUGUUUGCGGUAUAAAGGAUCUUUUCACUGAUACAGCUCUAAUCGACAUGUAUGCCAAAUGUGGAGAUCUCAACACAGCGGAAACCGUCUUCAGGGCCAUGUCGAGUAGGAGCAUUGUGUCAUGGAGUAGUAUGAUCAACGCCUAUGGAAUGCACGGACGGAUAGGAUCCGCCAUAUCUACAUUCAAUCAAAUGGUGGAAUCUGGAACCAAACCUAACGAGGUUGUCUUCAUGAACGUUCUCUCUGCUUGUAGUCACUCUGGCUCCGUUGAAGAAGGCAAGUACUACUUUAACUUGAUGAAAAGUUUUGGCGUAUCACCAAACUCGGAGCAUUUCGCCUGUUUCAUCGACCUUUUGAGCCGUUCUGGUGAUCUCAAAGAAGCAUACAGAACCAUCAAGGAGAUGCCUUUCCUAGCUGAUGCUUCCGUUUGGGGUUCUCUGGUCAAUGGAUGCAGAAUCCAUCAGAAAAUGGAUAUCAUCAAAGCCAUUAAAAAUGACCUUUCGGAUAUUGUUACCGACGAUACGGGAUACUACACUCUCUUGUCCAAUAUAUAUGCUGAAGAAGGGGAAUGGGAAGAAUUCAGGAGAAUGAGAUCAGCUAUGAAGAGUUUGAAUCUCAAGAAAGUUCCUGGGUACAGCGCAAUUGAGAUUGAUAAAAAAGUUUUCAGAUUUGGAGCUGGGGAAGAAACCUGUUUCCAAACAGAUGGAAUCUACACGUUUCUUGGGAAUUUGCAGAAUCUAACUCUUGAAGCAGAUUAUUUACAGAACAACGAAUGAAACACAAGUCAUAGAUUUUAAGAGCCAUGUAUGAAUAUAUAUAUUCUUUUUUGACCCAAUAGAAAACAGAGAUGCAGAUUUUGUAAUAACCAACAAGCCUAAUACAAAUCAAUCAUGUUU